GCGCUGCUGCUGCGCUCGGGGCCCCGCUCGGCGCCGGCGGUGACCGGGAAGCCCGCGUUAAAGGGGCCCCCGGGACCCCGGCCCGGUAUGGCUGAAGUCAGCAUCGACCAGUCCAAGCUGCCUGGAGUCAAGGAAGUAUGCCGAGAUUUUGCUGUCCUGGAGGACCACACCCUGGCUCACAGCCUGCAGGAACAAGAGAUUGAGCAUCAUUUGGCAUCAAACGUUCAGCGGAACCGUUUGGUCCAGCAUGAUCUCCAGGUGGCUAAGCAGCUCCAAGAGGAAGAUCUGAAAGCGCAGGCCCAGCUCCAGAAGCGCUACAAAGACCUUGAACAACAAGACUGUGAAAUUGCUCAGGAAAUUCAGGAGAAGCUGGCUAUUGAGGCAGAGAGACGACGCAUUCAGGAGAAGAAGGAUGAGGACAUAGCUCGCCUUUUGCAAGAAAAGGAGUUACAGGAAGAGAAAAAGAGAAAGAAACACUUUCCAGAGUUCCCUGCAACCCGUGCUUAUGCAGAUAGUUACUAUUAUGAAGAUGGAGACCAACCAGGGUCAAGGAGGGCCAGGGAAUUGGGUUCUGGAUUCUCAAGACCUUGUAGACUCCAAAGAGAUGGAAGGACUGUGAAGCAGAAGAAAGAGAAAGCAGAACAUCCACUGGAGAACUUGGAAGAGCCAGAACAACAUUGCUCAUCGAAGAGAUCCCUGUCAUCCUCUAGCUCGGGCAAAGGGAGGGACAAUCCCCAUAUUAACAAUGAGCAGCAUGAAAGGAAACGGUCCACUCAGGAGAGGCCUCGGAGACCUCUGCUUCCCACGAUCAGUGGUGAAGUGUUUCUGAGCACUGAAUGUGAUGACUGGGAGACUAAGAAUAACCAUCAGACUCGAAAUUGGGAAAAACAGUCUCGACACCAAGAUCGACUUUCACCCAAGUCCUCACAAAAAGCAGGGCUUCACUGCAAGGAAGUUGUAUAUGGGAGGGACCAUGGGCAAGGUGAGCACAGAAAAAGGAGACACAGGCCCAGGACUCCUCCAUUCUCAGAGAGUGAGGAGCAGCUCCACCUCCAUGACACAGGAAUGAAGCCAAGAGUGACGAAAGAAGCUGUAUCUACUCCAUCACGAAUGGCACACAGGGAUCAGGAAUGGUAUGAUGCUGAAAUUGCCAGAAAACUGCAAGAAGAAGAACUUUUGGCUACCCAGGUGGACAUGAGAGCCGCUCAAGUAGCUCAAGAUGAAGAAAUCGCUCGACUUCUAAUGGCUGAAGAAAAGAAAGCUUACAAAAAAGCCAAGGAGCGGGAGAAAUCAUCUUUGGACAAAAGAAAGCAAGACCCCGAGUGGAAGCCAAAAACAGCUAAAGCAGCAAAUUCAAAGUCAAAAGAGAGUGAUGAACCUCACCAUUCUAAGAAUGAAAGGCCAGCACGGCCACCACCACCUAUCAUGACAGAUGGUGAAGAUGCGGAUUACACUCAUUUUACAAACCAGCAGAGUUCCACACGGCAUUUCUCAAAAUCAGAGUCCUCUCACAAAGGUUUUCAUUACAAACAUUAAAAACCUAGGAAUCUGCCUUGAAAAUGGACUCACUAUAGCAAAUAUUACUGGGUGAUACAGAAUGAAUUCUACACUUACUUUUUUUCUCCUGUGUUUGCAUUCCUGGGAUUUAUCCUCAAGUGCAUUUCUGACCAUAAGUAAUUUUAAUUCAUUUCAAAUGUUUUGGUUAUUCAUGAUCACUUGGGCAGUAUAAGAAAAUGUAGCUUCUGAAUAUUGGCCACCUCUAUGCUGCAUAUACUUCUUGGGAUAUAGUAUCUAAGACCUUUGUAAACUGCCAUUUUGUUAGGUAUGGAGUUUGGUAUCUAGGGAGUAGGCCUUACUUAGCAAUUCAAAUUUUAUGGAGAUGAAUGAUCAAAGUAAAACAAUGUUUGGAUGCAACGCAGAAUAAAAGAAUAUAAGAAAUAGCUUUUUGUUGCAUUAGUGUAUGAUAUUUUGAAGGACAGAGCCUUUGCUUUUUGUAUUCUUUAAGAAAAGCACAACCAUAAAGUAUUUUAAAAAAAGAAACACUUGGAGCAAUUGAAAUAUGUUAUUCUGACUAGAUGGACUGUAGAGGUUUUGCAUUUCUCAGCCCUCUUGGGGAGAUUGGCCUAGAUAGCAUUCUUUAACACCUCCUCUGCUUUUGCCUCAGUAGCAAGGCUUUCCUAAGCUCCUGGGCAAUGGAACAUUUAUUAGUGUUUAUUGACAAAAAUUUAGUUCUCUGAAAUUUUAACUCAUAUAUAUGAAAAACUUUGUAUUCCAUCUCUUCUUUUUCAUUUACUUGUAGAGCCAAGGAAAUGGAAUUGAAAGAUGAUUGCAUAAGUAAUGAUGCCAUCCUUCUCUCUGGCUGUAGACUGAGGCUUUUCUCUUGCUUCAAGUCAGAGCAGUAUUUGUUGAUAACCUCUCAAUAAUGUUUGGUUUACAUGCCAGUAAUUAAAUUAAUUCAACAUGAAGUUGAAUUUGAUGAAGUGGUCAUCUAUCCAAGUAUUUGUUUUGUUUUGUUUUGUUUUUUGAGUUGGAGUCUCGCCCUGUCACACAGGCUGGAGUGCAGUGGUGCAAUCUUGGCUCACUGCAACCUCCGUCACCUGGGCUGGAGCAAUUCCCCUGCCUCAGCCUCCCAAGUAGCUGGAAUUACAGGCAUGUGUCACCACACCCGGCUAAUUUUUGUAUUUUUAGUAAAGAGCGGGUUUCACCAUGUUGGCCAGGCUGGUCUCGAACCCCUGACCUCAAGUGAUCCACCUGCCUUGGCCUCCCAAGGUGCUGGGAUUACAGGCUUAAGCCACCACGUCCAGCCAGCCAAGUAUUUGGUUUUAAACAUUUGUAUUCCUUUGUGCAAGGGAUUGUAUUCCUCUGUACAAGACCUUUAAGCACCUCUUCAAGAAAUUUAGUCUUUGUGUAGCUGCUAACCUUACUGCAAUAUUUAUUUUCCCUUACUACUUAGUUGACAAAUGGCAAUCAAGCUCACUUGUUCUCCCUCUCUCUGUCUCCCCCCCAUGUACACAUAUAUAUAUCCCUUCAGCUUGACUUGCUAUUAUUUUUCAUUGUAUAAAUAUGAAAUUCUUGGCAUUUCAAUAUGGCAUUUGUUUAGGAAAAAAAUAUGUAGGUCACUAGAGAAAAAUGUUAAUUUUUUUCCCACUGUGAAUUGCCUUCUGUUUGCCUUAUCUUUUCAGAUAGUCUUUAAAGUUGGGCAAUAUUCAGGCAGCUAUUUAGAACAGUUUCUCAGAGUGGAUUUGGGUCUCUCAUUUGAGAAAGAUUUGUAGUUUCAAUGAAGUUUGUAUAUUAUAGGAAUUUAAGUAAAAUCAUCUGAGUUAAGUUUUGGGCAAAUGUUAAUCAGAAAGAUAAUCUACAUCCCUACUUUAUGUAGUCAUUUUGGAGAAAUGGAGGAAAAGGAAAAUAACAGGACUUUUUAUAGCUAUGAUAAAAUGGGUAAAGAAAAACCUCCAUUUAAAUAAGGAAGGGGAGACAAAAUGGAAGGUCCUGGCCUUAAGUCAAAUUCCAGAUAGUGCUUUCAAUAUCCAAAGCUUAGGCCUUGUUUACUUAUAGUAAUGCUGUAUUUUUCUUUAUCUGCCCUGUGAUUUCGCUUCAUGUCCUUCAAAGUUUUUUUAUUGUAAUUUUAAAGGAAAAAAACAAUGUAUUUUUAUUUGAUAACUAGGCAAAAUCAUUUGCCAUUUUUUAUUUCAUAAAUAUUUAUUUUUCUAUCUCAUACAAUGAUCAGUUUUACUUUAAAAAUUCUGCAUUUCUCUUGCCUCUCAUGUACUUCAUCCAGUUAUUUAUUAUUGUAAAAUGUUAACUGGAGAUACUGCAUUCAAAAAAAGUCGGACCACUUAACACUUACCAGGAAUGUUAGUGUUUCAGCUGUUUUAGUAAGUGACCAAGUAAGCUAUCGCCUUGUGAUAGCUAAUUCAACAUCUUUAUUGAAAAUUUGUUACUUUUUUUAAAGGUUUUUAAAAGAUUACAAUUUUAAAAUAUUUUAUGUUUAUUUUAUUUUUGUGUAAAGCAAACACUUUUUAAAUAAUAUCAGAGUAAUUAUUACCCUAUGAAUAAGGAGAUAGAAAUGAAAUUCAGCCAGUUAAAUCCUCAUACUCUUUCUCAUUCAAAUAAUAUAAUAAUGUUUGAGACUAUAGAAGCAACUCAACUGUAUUUUAAUGAACUGCCAGACACUUUUCACUGUGUUCUCUGCCUUUUACUUUGUCAUGUUUAUGUAGAUGUGGAAGCAUUUUGUUGUUGUUGUUGUUGUUGUUCCUGCUGCUAGAACACGUGCGGUUUAAUUUUUAGGCCCACAGUGUAUUAUACUUUAAUGUUGUGAUGUAAACUAAUACUUCUGGCCUGGGAAAACCUUUCUGUUUCUGUAUCUUUGUCCUUUGGAGGCCAGGCCUCAUUAACACCAGUAUUGUUGAAUAAGCACAAUAUAUGACGGAGCCUUAUCAUAAGGCUGCUUGACAUAGACACCCACUCUCCUCCACAUUUUAUAAAUCAUUGUUUGGAAGUAAAGUUAGAUAAGAGUCAAAUUAAAUGUUUUGACUUGAAAAAUAUUUGACUUUUGCGUUCAAACCACUGUUAGACGUAACUAUUUUAUUAGACAUAAGUAUUUUAUUUUGGGACUAGACAGUUGCUUUACAUGUAUUUAAAGGAACAUUGUGAUUUUCAGAAAGUGGCUUUACAUACUAUUGAACUGCUAUUUCCCAAGUUACUUUACAACCACCAGCAGCAUACCAAUAAAUUACAAAAGCAGAAAAUGAAAAUUAACCCUAGGUGUUCUGAUGAUAGAGAAAUAGCUAAAUUAGAAAAGAAAGAUAUGGAUAGAUGCUUUUAGGAGGAAAACCUUUUUAGAAUGGCAAUGACCACUUGGAUCUAGGUUAACAUAUUCCAAAAUGUGUGACCUUGGGCUUUGUGUUUACUGAACUCACUCUAGAAAAUUCUGGACCUGAUUCAUUAACCCCACUUUUCUUCUCUAAUGUGUCCUGAAGCUGAGCUAGAUGAUGAGUAAAUUCUUUGCUGACUGUUGCUCAUCACUUUCUCUCAAAGUUAGAACUUUUCAGUAUAAAAAUAAUUAGCUUUUAACUGAUUAUUAAUUUUCUUUAAUAGUUUCUGUCAAAACUUGUCUAAAAUUUGUGUUGUGCCAAAUUGGAAAUACCCACUAUAAUAUGGUGCAUUCAGUUUACCCCAUAAGUGGUUAACAUUUUAAGUCCUAGAUUUUUGAUGUCUUGCCUUUGUAUAAGCAUCGCUUUGGGGAAUACCAAGAUGAUUCAUUAUUCAGUGAUUAUUUUCUUGAAAGAUAACUAUGAUGAUUGGCUGUAAAAUCUUCACCCUAAUAAAGGAGUGAGAUCUCUGUGUAAACAGCUUUCUGAAGGACUGAUAAUAGAAUAGAACUUGCAGCCAAAGGCUUUUUCCCUUUUGAGAAGACAGUAUUUGUGUAAGGAGUGCUAAGGUAGACUUCACUGUACAUAGAGUGCCAUAUUCUGUUGAAACGAUCACAACAAAAUCAAAACCUCAUGCUUCAGCAAAAAGGAAAAAAGAUUUUUAAAUUACUUUGUCUAUUACUUACUGCUCAUAGAGAAGUGACUAUAUAAAAUGGUCCAAUUUUCUCAUUUCUGGUGGUGCCUGUGAGUCUUAAAGUGAUAUCUGCUUAUCUUACUGUUGAUAGAAUACUUUUUUUCUUUUUAGCCCAUGAUAAGUAAUAUGGGCAGGUAGAAGCAAACUGGAGACUGUCCUGUUAAUGCUGCAUGGGGCACAAUGUCUUUCAAAUUAUUGGUGGAAGAAUCUCUUUUAUCCAUGGUGAGAGGUAAGAAUAUUAAAGAGUCAGGAUAUUGUUGCUCCUGGUAUUUAACAACUGUCAUUAGAAAUGCUGAAAUUUCAUUGUAGAGAAGUCAAGAAAGAAAGAGUAAACUGAGAAAAUCUCACUACUACAGAGCCACUUUUACAAUGAGACCUGCACUUUAUGCCAGCACUGUUUGUGAGGAGCAGUACUGCCUUAAAUUAGUUUGACUCUGACUGAUGUCAGUGUACGUUACUUCCUUUAUGUGACUGACAGUCAGCUUUCCAUUGAGAUAUAACAUUCACAGAUGAUCCCCAAGUAUCCUUGUCAUCAGAAGCUUUGGACCUUUUCUGCCACUGACUUGUGGCUGAUCUGUAACACAAUAAAUACAUAAUUUUAUUUCAUGUUGUCUCUCCACCUCUGAAUAAGCAGUGGCAUGACCAAAAAGACUGGUAGGAGGAGAGAAUUUCCUGGCCAAAUCCUUCAUACCAGGUACCACUUCUUGAGUAACUGAGAGUUGACUGUCUUCUAUGGUGACUACAUAGAAGAUAUUUCCAAAGGUUCUGUUAUGCAGUGAAGACAUUCAGAUUAUUUGUAAGAAUUUCACCAACACCCUUGUGUAUUGAAAUGCUUAACCGUUAACAGGAAAAAAAAGAGAAAACCGGACAAAAUAGAGACAUUUACUUGAAAUGGGAGAUUUGCUAAUGUGAAGAGUGUUUCUGUUUUAUUACUUAUAAGAGAAAAGCAGGAAAACUUUUGCUUUGAUAAGAAAGACACCAGAGUGGUGAUUCUGUUUGAUGCCACAGGCUAACACAAUCGUGUAAUCGUGUUGAGUUGUAGAAAUAUAUGGCCCUAAAAACCAUUCUCUUUCCCUUAUAUAUAUAAAUAUGUGAACACUGCCUAGUAACAUUUUAAUAGAUUUAAGAUGCAUUUGUACAUUCUCAGCAAACUAGAAGAAAAUGUUUUUUCUCUUUUUGAGUUAACUUCAUAGCAUAGGGAACCAGCACUGUGUAGGUUUCAGCAUUUCAGAUAAGGGCAUAAUUAAUUGUGUAACUUAAUGCCCUGUUAUUCAUUGCUGAGGUUCAUAUAAAGAAUAGAAAAAUUGAAAGAUGGGUUUGGGUGACAUUUUCUUCCCAAAAGAUCAAGUAAGGAGUAAGAACAAGUAAGGGAAGACAGCUAAGAGAACAUACUAUGACAUAUCAUAGAAUUGGGAUACAUUUUUGUUGCGCUGGAUUUCAGGCUAUACUGCUAAAAUAAUUUCUACCUGUUAAAUUUUGUGAGAGGGUUUUUGACAUCAGAAUUUUUGUGUUUCUGGUUAAAUUGGUCUUGGAAAUCCCUAUGGUCUCUAAUUUCAGCUCUUGCUGUAAAUUGCAAGCCAAAUGCUCUUUCUCAGAAAGAGCUAUAUUUUUCUCUUCUUACAGGCAACCCAAUAUUUAUUUCAUAAAGUGUUAUAAAUAUUGAGAGGAUACACUGGGGAGAUAGCAUAUAAAAAUGAUGCUCCAAAAUGAGAAUUCUAUAUGGGGCUUUCCCUAAGAAGAAUCCAUCCCAGCACAUAUUUUGAAAAGGUGCUGAAUUAAAAAGUACAAGAGUUUGCUCAUAUAAAUCAAGUUGCCCAGGAAACCUGAGGUGAUGCUAUCAUUUGUCUCAUAAUUUAGAAACGUGAUCUCUUGAGAGAGAGACUACACAUUGCCUGGGCACCUUCAGAUUCCUUAGUAAGUGCCCCUUUGAUAUUUGGAAUGUGGAUAUAUUUAUAAAACAAAUGGAUUGUUAUUCCAAAUCCGCAUGGAUUUAUAACCAAGCCCCAGAAGAAUAGGCAGCUUUGAAAUAGCUAUUUCGUGGAAUUGAACAGAACCUUGAUGGAAUGCAGUUGCCUGUGUGAGGACAGAAAACAAAGAGGCUGCCUCAAACCACAUGCCUAUCUAGAGAUUAAGUGAAUCUGUGAGGGACAUUUUGUGGAUGCCUUAAAGAUGACCAGUGGUGGGUUCUGAUGGGAAUAUAUACACUCAUCUGGACUAGGCCAAUGGAAGCAGUCUCUUUCAGUUCACCUCCGUACAGCACAAGUUGUUCCUGCUCAUGACCUCAUUGAGGAACAUGAGAAUUGUGGUGCUGGUGACUUUCAUGUGUCUUGGGAGGUUGAGGUGUUCAACAUCAUUAAGGCACUCCCAAAACGCAAACCUCCUUUUUUAAAUGCCAAUUGUUACAUCUACAUUAAUUCAUCUAUGCAAACUUGUGUUUUCAUGGUUUGUUUUUUACACUAUAUUUCUCAUUAGGUUCUUUAAACAUCAGGUUUAAUAUUGAUAUUAUGAAUAAUUUUUAAACCAAAGUAUUCUAUAAGUCUGUGUGCUUUGUUUUCCUGGAUGGUUUGACCAAGGUAAACAUCAAUCUUGUCCUUCUCUCUUAAUAAAGUCAUCCAUUUGUUAAGUCA